UCAACUUAUUCCAUUGAUGAAGGAAUGCUGGAAUCAAGAACCUGAGAGUAGACCAUCAUUUAAAAGUAUUAAACAGAAGCUGGAAGCUCAAUUAAAAAUUUACAAUACUGAUGCUAAGAGAGAAGCUAUUGAAAUACAGAGUAAACUGGGAAUGAGCAAAACAGAAGAAACCGAAUUUUGUUUAAAGUUUAAUAAUUUGAAAUUGAGUGAUGCAGUGAAAGAAACAAAAAAACGAUUUGGUAGCCUUGUCAGUCAAGUGCAAGCGGAUGCGUUUGAAAAAACAGAAUCCCAAGCUGGUGGCUCAUCUGCCAUUGUACAUCAAGAAACAGCUCAACAAUUAGAUUAUCAAAACAGAAGUGGGCAACUGGAAACAGAUGCUACUAAGAUGAGUGGAAAUCAAGCGACUCAGCCAAUGUCCACAUAUGUAUAUCCACAUCAAGAAGCACAGGGUCCAGCUCAACCACACCAAGGUGCAUCUUCACUGGCUGGACAGCGUCAACUUUCAGGUGUUACCACUCAUCCUACACAAGUUCAAGAACAACAACAACAACAGCAUCAGCAGAUUCCACAGGCUGUAUAUGCUGUACCUAACCAACAAGGAGUACCGGUACUGAUGUACCCACCUGAAUAUGGAGGUCCACAACAUUUCUAUCAAAUCCAAAAUUGUCAGGGUUUUCAAGUUAAUCUUGGUCAAGGUGGGAGGCCACCACAUAUAGUAUCUCAGCCACAACAGCAGCAAAUAACAUUACAAGAUCCAGACAAGGUGCUGACUUCGGCAGUGAUGCUUGCUUUAUCACAAGAGCUGAGUGGCGAUUGGAAGAACCUUGCCAGAUGUCUUGGUUUCAAACCACCUCAAAUAGACACCAUCGAAAUGGAUAAUUUCCAUUAUGGAGUACAAGAACAGGCCUACCAGAUGCUGUAUAAAUGGUACCAAAAACUGGGUAGUGGUGCAAAGCACAGUAUAUUGGCCGAGUCACUUGCAGCUAUUGGCAGAAAUGACCUCAUCCGUCAUUUGUAGACUUGUUUGGGGUUUCCAAAGUUCCCUGGUUGCUAAGCUACCAUGUGGAUGAAUGUGAGUCGAAUUGAUGUGGAUUCACAUUUGGUCAGCAGAAAUUCACAGUUUAAAUAGGCAGGUAUUUUAUUAUACCAUCUUC